CGAAAGCGGACGAAGACUAUUCUCUCCUCUCAUCCUAUAUAAAACUAAGAUGUCUGACGCUGGAGAUGACAUUCCCGUCGAGGAGGUGACCGUCGAGGCUGAGCCGGCCUCCGACGCGCCCAAGGGAAAACUUUCGGUCGAGGACGCUCUUCAGCAAGUUCUGAAGAACGCGCUCAAGCACGACGGCCUUGCUCGCGGUCUCCGUGAAUGUGCCAAGGCCCUUGACAAGCGCCAGGCCCACCUCUGCGUGCUCGUCGAGACCUGCACGGAGGCCGAGUACAUCAAGCUCAUUGAGGCCCUCUGCGCCGAGCACAAGAUCAACCUCAUCAAGGUCGGUGACGCGAAGGUCCUCGGUACCUGGGCCGGUCUCUGCAAGAUCGACCGCGAGGGCAACCCCCGCAAGGUCGUCGGAUGCUCCUGCGUGGUCGUCAAGGACUACGGUGUCGAGAGUGAGGGUCUCAACGUCCUCCUCGACUACUUCAAGAACCGGUAAACGAACGUUGUUCAUUGAGGAUUCAGUCUAUCCGGAAUCAUUACAUUUUAUCCCCACCGCUUUCCUUGUAGC